AUGAUACCAACAGAAGCACGCACUCUUAGAGACUUAGUACAUAAUUCAAAAUGUAUAGGUGGAAAUUAUGGUAGUUUGGCAAAAUCAAAAAUAUUUCCAACAUUUUACAUUGUUCACAAAGUCGAAUCAGAUGAUACGUUACAAAGGCUUGCAUUGAAAUAUAGUAUUAAUAUUCAAGAAAUCAAACGAGUUAAUAAAUUAUGGUCCGAUGCUGAAUUAGGUUUAUUAGAACAUGUAUAUAUUCCUAUUAAUUCUCCACAAAUAUCAGUACUUCGAACUCAAUAUCCGACAUUAGAUAUUGUUCAAAAUUUACCAUUAUUAACAAAUCCUCAUCGAAAAUCCUCGAUAAAUACAAAUACAACUGAUGAAACAACUUCAUCUAAUCGAUCAUCUGAUAGUUUAAUUUCCAUAUCAACAACAAAUAAUUCAUCUUAUCAAGAUUAUCUGUCGAAAAUAGAUCAACAAAUACAAUUAACAAGAAAAUCGUUACAAUUAAUGGAUAUCAAAGGACAACAUUUAAAUUCAGAAUCUCAUGAAAUAUUUCCUUCACAUGUUUCUAAUAAGAAUAAUACAAAUUCUUGUAAAAAUAAUCGUACUACUACUCGAAAUAAUGAACAACCUACAAGUGCACAUCAUCGAUCUGAUAAUAGUGUAUUUUUAAAUAACACAACAUACAAUUCACGUGAAAAAUAUAUAUCAGCUGCUCUUGAACGAAUACAACGAGAAAAAGAUGAUUUUGAUGAACUGUAG